AUGAAUGAUCACAAAGUUCUAAGAGACGGAUUCAACACUAGGGCUCUUCCCAGCAGAGCCUUUGGUUCUGCCACCAAUAUCACUGCGACAUCUCUUGAUACUCGAGGGGUAGGUUUUGGUUCUGAGGGAGAGAGCUUCUACAUCAUGGAACACCAAAAGGUAGUAAGAGGAUUUUUGGAGAGUGCUAGAAAGAUGAGAAUGGAGAGAUUCAUGUGA